AUGUUCGUCUACUGCGGCGUCAGCGAUCACUGCAGCCAAGGCAUGGUUGCCGUCGUCAACCCCAAGAGCGACAAGGACGUUACCGAUUACGCUGCUGCUGCUGGUAAUGCCAACGGCGGCAGCGCCCCCAGCGGUGGCCCAACUGGCGGUGUCUUUGCCGAUGCCAACUCUCCUGUCGGCGGCGGCUCCAUGAUGUCGUCCAUGAUGAUGUCCUCGCAGGCCAUGAUGUCCAGCACUGCCGCUAUGAGCCAGCCCAUGUCCUCGGCUGCUGGUGGUAUGAGCAGCUCCAAGGCCAUGUCCAUGUCCAUGGCUCAGUCUACUAACGGACAGACAAUGCCUAGCUCGUCUCCCACGACUGUUCCCAGCAGUGCUGCUGGUUCGCUGCAGACUGGUGUUGGUAGUGCCUUUGCCGCCGUUGCCGCUAUUGCUGCUUUUGUUCUUUAA